UUCUUCCAAUUUAUCAACAAUAAAAAUUGUUUACAUCACUUAAAAUUGUGAAAUAAUAUAGAUGUCCCCAAAAAAAAAAGGAAUUAAAUCUGUUUUAAGCAACAAAAAUCUUUCGGCAAACAAAAUAAUCUCAAAAUAAAAAUGGCAGCAUGAUUAUAUAUUUUCGGAGAUAUUUAAAUUUCCUAUGAUAAUACGGUUCACAAGGUCAAGCAAUUGGUAACUCAGUUUAGUAUUAUACUGUAUUAGUGCCGUGAAGUUGAGUGCCUUUAGUUCAAACCCAAAAUGGCACUAAAUAAGGUGUGCGGAAGGUGUUUAAGGGCACUGAUGAGUGAAAAGGGUGUUCUGGGUAGUGCAGUGAUAAAACGUAAUCAUUUUGUUUACACUGCGGACACAAACUCGCCUGUUAAAGGUGACACCAAAAAGAUGAACAUGUUCCAAGCCAUCAACAGUGCAAUGGACAUCGCCCUUCAAACGGACAAAUCGGCAAUGAUCUUCGGAGAGGACGUUGGAUUUGGAGGCGUUUUCCGUUGCACCAUGGGCCUACAAGACAAAUACGGUAGAGAAAGAGUCUUCAACACACCACUGUGUGAACAGGGCAUUGUUGGUUUCGCCAUUGGUGUAGCGAAUAUGGGAUCCACAGCCAUUGCUGAAAUCCAAUUUGGAGAUUACAUCUUUCCCGCUUUUGAUCAGAUAGUAAAUGAAGCUGCCAAAUGCCGUUACAGAAGCGGCGGUAUAUUCGAUAGCGGCAAACUUACAAUAAGGGCGCCGUGCGGAGCUGUUGGACACGGUGGAUUGUACCACUCGCAAAGUCCUGAGGCUUACUUCGCUCACACACCCGGUUUGAAACUUGUUGUUCCACGAGGACCAAUUAAAGCAAAGGGAUUAUUAUUAAGCUGUAUUCGUGAUCCUGAUCCGUGUAUAAUUCUAGAACCAAAAUGUUUAUACAGGGCGGCAGUAGAAGAAGUGCCAACUGGAGAUUAUCAACUACCCAUUGGAAGAGCUGAUAUUUUACAGAAAGGCAAUGAUGUUACGUUGAUAGGUUGGGGAACACAGGUCCACGUAUUGAAAGAAGUGGCUCAGCUGGCAAAGGAAAAACUGAGUGUGUCCUGCGAAGUUAUAGACCUUGUCUCGAUUUUGCCCUGGGACAAGGAGACCGUCUGCGAAUCCGCCAAGAAAACAAAACGUGUUUUAAUUGCACAUGAGGCUCCAUUAACUUCAGGGUUUGGCGCUGAGCUUGCUGCAACUAUACAGGAGGAGUGUUUCUUGCAUCUUGAGGCUCCAAUCGCAAGGGUCACGGGCUUCGACACACCAUUUCCCCACGUUUUCGAACCUUUCUACUUACCAGACAAAUGGCGUUGCUUACAAGCCAUCCACAAUUUAUUGAAUUAUUAACUUGUCAAAUAAACAUCCAAUUUAUUAUA